AUGGUCUACACCGAACGUACCGACAAGUGCCUGAGCAGCACCACCAAGGACAACCAGUCCACGAAGGGUCAGAACCACUCCAAGUCGAGCAGCGGCUCUGGAUCGGGUUCAGGAUCAGGAUCGGGAUCUUGGAGCAGUCAAGCCUCGAGUGCUGACAAGUGGAAGUACAACAACAUGGUGAAGAACGAUCGCCAGCAGUUCAAUGGGAUGCAUUUCUCCUAGAUCCUGCAGUAAAUCCUACUGGAAUGUGGGGAGCCUUGAGAAAUGGGGUAGCUGGGGGCUGUAAACGUUGUUCUUUCUAUUUGGUUCAGAUGGGCUCGCUUUAGGUUAGCUUUGUAAGCCAUUUUAAAGACUUAGGUAUUGCCAUGUGAUAAAAGAAAGAAAUCAAUAUUACUCCAAUUGGCUAAUAAAAUUAAAUCAGAAAGUAAUGCGCAAA